AUGUCUCCAGCCGCCCGCGCGCCGUCGACUCCAGCUCCUUGUUGCGCAGCUCGAGGCGGCGGUCUCGCUGUGGCCGUGCGAGUGGCCGGCUUUGGCCUGCGGAAGGCGCUGCGCCAGCUCGGCGAGGCGCUCUCGCGCUGGCGUGCCUCUUCUGCCGCCGCGUCGCCGCGCGCUGCUGCAACUGCGGUACUUCUUCAGUGGCUCUGCAGCCUCCUCUUCCGCGUCAUCGAGCGCGGCGUGCGCAGCUUGUGUCAUGGCGCGCACGCGUGUCCACCUCCAGCGCAGCGCCGGCCUCCGCCGCCGCCGCCUGCCGGCAAGUUCGUCGCGCACCUCCUCCUCCUGGUCGCGCGCGCCUCGCAGCCCAGCCAGCUCGUCGCCGCCGCCGCCGCCUGA